GAGCUGGGGAGACAGCGGCGGUAUGAAGAGCAGAGAGCAGGAGCAGCUCCCGGGGCCCCCCUGCCCCUCAGUAUAGGUUGGAUCAGUCGCUCUGGGCACAGAGGGUAGAGCCGCCAGCUUGCAGUUCCAGGGACCCGUGUUCGAUCCUGACCACCGGCGCUGUCUGUGUGGAGUUCAAAGGUCCCGGUCCGUAUCUCCAAGCAGAUCAGAAUUUCGAUCUGAAUAUUUUAAAUGAAUAUAUCCUGAAGGACCUGGAGGAGGGGAGGGAGUUUCCAACCUCGCUGCCGUGCGACUAUAGCAACGCACAGAUCGGAGAGAUCCGGAACCAGCUGAUGGACACCGUGCCCGGGUGGGGUUGUUCGUCCGCCAAUCUCCUGGCCAUGGGUAUGGACGGCCCUCAGCUGGUCGCCCGGGGCACAGGCUCGCCCCGUCUGGCCCCUAGAGCUGCCCGGACCGCCCAACUGGGCAGCAGGGGCGCGGGCAACCCAGCCUCGGCAGCCAGGAGUGGGGCCGGCUCAUCCGAGGCCAAGCACAGAGCAGCAGGGAGGGCGACCAGGAGCUCCGCGUCCUCACGGCCCGCUCCCAGGUGCCUGCCCCUGCAGGGCCCGGGGGGCCUGCCCGACGGGGAGGAGCCCAAGCUGGUCGUCAUAGAGCAGCCAAAGCAGCGGGGAAUGAGGUUCCGCUACGAGUGCGAGGGUCGGUCGGCAGGGAGCAUCCCCGGAGAGAGUACGACAGAACUCAACAAGACCCUCCCCACCGUCCAGAUCCAGAACUGGCAAGGUGAAGUCAAGGUGAUCAUCUCACUGGUAACCAAGGAUGAGCCCUACAAGCCCCACCCACACAGCCUGGUGGGGAAGGACUGUCAGAAUGGCAUCUGUGAAGUGACCGUCAGCCCCAAGUGCAAUAUGAAAGCCAGCUUCGCUAACCUUGGCAUUCAGUGCGUGAAGAAAAAAGAAGUCACAAAGGCCAUCGAGCAUCGGCUGAAACUUGGGAUCGACCCUUUCAAUGCUGGUGACUCCCUAAACUACCUGGAAGACAUCGACAUGAAUGUGGUCCGCCUCUGCUUCCAGGCCUUCAUCCAGGAGCCGUACUUUGCCCUGACGCCUGUCCUCUCCGAGCCCAUUUACGACAAGAAAGCCACCAACACAUCUGAACUGCGAAUCUGUCGCCUGAACAAAGACAGCGGGGUGUGCUCGGGAGGAGAAGAGCUCUUCCUUCUCUGCGACAAGGUGCAGAAAGAAGACAUUGCGGUCAUCUUCUCCGCAAACAACUGGGAAGCAAGGGGCGUCUUUUCCCAAACUGAUGUUCACCGGCAAAUAGCCAUAGUCUUCAAAACCCCGCCUUACUGCGACAUUGACAUUCAGCAGCCCGUUAGCGUGAGCCUCCGUCUCUUCCGCCCAUCUGACAGGGAAUACAGCGAUCCGUUCGAGUUCCGCUACAUCCCCAAGGAAAUCGAUUACUAUGGCAUUCAAUCCAAGUGGAAAAGGAAGGUCAAGUUCCCGCCGAUCAGCACUUUCAUAGGUGCUAAUGCGGCUUUGGCAGAUGCAACGACGGGACCGAAAAAUUCUGUAAAGUAUCGAGCUGAGGAAGACGAGAAGCUUGCAGACCUGAACCACAUAAACAAGUCGUGGGACUACCCCAACCAGGGAUUUCCUGCCUUCUGUUCUGACCUCAUGACCAUGGAGCUGCCUAACGAGAUGUAUGGUGUGGGCUGCAAGAAAGAGGAGCCCUUGGACUGGACGAGCAGCCAUUUCCAGAGCCAAAUGGCAGGGCUUGCACACCACGCAGAGGACGAGGUCUAUCACCCUCCCUUCAGUAACAGCCGGGUGCAGGCCGAUCUGGACGUGGGCUACUUCAACAACUAUAGGUUUGAGGAGUUUGCUAAUGACGACGCACUGCCCAGUGUACUGGCCAGCAGCAUAACGAUGCCCAGUGACCAAGCAGGCACCAAAGGCUGAGAGGGCGUGCGGUAGAUGGAUGGAUUAUUGGGUGGGGGAAAAAGGUGUUUUAG